UGUGCACACCCGGGAAUGAGGAUCCAGAGGCCCAGCUGUACCCCAGCCCUGGUGGGACGAGGGCUGGGAAAGGUCCUCUCGGAUGCCACUCUAGUUCCUUUCUGUCAUCCCCAGGGCAAAUACAGCAAGAGGAAAGGACGGUUCAAACGCUCGGACGGGAGCACAUCUUCGGAUACCACAUCCAACAGCUUCGUCCGCCAGGGCUCGGCGGAGUCCUAUACCAGCCGUCCAUCCGAUUCUGACGUGUCUCUGGAGGAAGACCGAGAAGCCUUAAGGAAGGAGGCAGAGCGACAGGCAUUGGCCCAGCUUGAGAAAGCCAAGACCAAGCCUGUGGCGUUUGCCGUGCGGACAAAUGUGGGCUACAACCCGUCUCCUGGGGACGAGGUGCCGGUGCAGGGCGUGGCCAUCACCUUCGAGCCCAAGGACUUCCUGCACAUCAAGGAGAAAUACAAUAAUGACUGGUGGAUCGGACGGCUGGUGAAAGAGGGCUGCGAGGUGGGCUUCAUCCCCAGCCCCGUCAAGCUGGACAGCCUGCGGCUGCUGCAGGAGCAGAAGCUGCGCCAGAACCGCCUCAGCUCCAGCAAGUCAGGUGACAACUCCAGUUCCAGCCUGGGAGACGUGGUGACUGGCGCCCGCCGCCCCACACCCCCUGCCAGUGCCAAACAGAAGCAGAAGUUGACAGAGCAUGUGCCCCCCUAUGACGUGGUGCCCUCCAUGAGGCCCAUCAUCCUCGUGGGACCAUCGCUCAAGGGCUACGAGGUAGGAGCCCCGGAGGGGUGGGGACUGCAGAGAGUACAGAAAGAUGGGCCGCAGGGGGUCCUCACGGAGGCCCAGCCCCCGGGGUGGCCCCAGAGGACCACAGACCUUCAGGGAAAACCCCAGAGGGGAGCUGCCCGUGGGGCACCACUCGGAAGGGCCCAGUCCCCCAGAGAGACCCCUGAAGAGGUCGCACGCAGGAGGCCUCCAGACUCAGACUGCCUUGGAGACCCCAGACACCCACACCCGGAGGGACCUCCCCGUCCCCAGGGCCCCUCGCCCCGGGAUCGCAGAGUGGUGGCGGCGGGGGCCCCCGUGCCAGCUGCUGCCGCUGCCUCUGCCUCACCUUCCCCUCCCCACGGCUCCCCUACCCCAGCCGAGGUGCAGAGUGAGAUUGAGCGGAUCUUCGAGCUGGCCCGGACUCUGCAGCUGGUCGCCCUGGACGCCGACACCAUCAACCACCCGGCCCAGCUCUCCAAGACCUCGCUCGCGCCCAUCGUUGUUUACAUCAAGAUCACCUCCCCCAAGGUCCUUCAGAGGCUCAUCAAGUCCCGAGGGAAGUCUCAGUCCAAACACCUCAACGUCCAAAUAGCAGCCUCGGAGAAGCUGGCCCAGUGUCCCCCUGAAAUGUUUGACAUCAUCCUGGACGAGAACCAAUUGGAGGAUGCCUGCGAGCACCUAGCCGAGUACUUGGAAGCCUAUUGGAAGGCCACGCACCCGCCCAGCAGCACGCCGCCCAAUCCAUUGCUGAACCGCACCAUGGCUACGGCAGCCCUGGCUGCCAGCCCCGCCCCCGUCUCCAACCUCCAGGGACCCUACCUUGCUUCCGGGGACCAGCCGCUGGAGCGGGCCACCGGGGAGCACGCCAGCGUGCGCGAGUACCCAGGGGAACCCGGCCAGGGCCCGGGGCCUGGGGACCCCGCGGGGGGCGGCACUCCGCCGGUACAGCAGGGCUCUUGGGAGGAGGAGGAGGAGGCUGUGGAGGAGGAGGCCGUGGAGGAGGAGGACUAUGGGGAAGACCUGCCUGACAAUCGCGGCCGGGCCCGGAGCAAGGCCCGCUACUGCGCCGAGGGCGGUGGCCCCGUCCUGGGGCGCAACAAGAACGAAUUGGAGGGCUGGGGCCGGGGCGUCUACAUCCGCUGAGGGGUGCACGCGGGGGGAGGGCGGGGGCUCACUGCUUGGCGGGCCUCGCCUGCGCCUCCGGGGGCCGCUGUCGCCCCUUUCAGAUGCCUUUGCUGGUGUUGGGGUUUUCUGGGGUACCCGCCCGGCUCCCGGGCGCCCCUCAAGCCCCAGCGGUGGGGUUUCCUUCCCUGCUGAGGACAUUUCCUCUCCGAAGUGUCUCAUUUUCCCCGGCCCCAGAGAAAAGGUGCACUUCUAAUCUACUCGGGGCUGUAAGUGAAAGUCCCACCAGGCGGCCCGGCUUCCCCAGCCCGCGGAUGGACGCCUUUCCUGGAGGGGAGGCCGCAGAAUCUGCCCCAGCCCCAGCCCGCCCGCCUCCGGGCGCGUUCGUUGUCCGCGCGUGAAAGCUACAGCUUGGGGCGGGGUCCGGGGUCCACGACGAUCACCGCGCAGAUGCAGCCCGUGCCCUCGCUGUCUGGGUGGCGCCCGGAGAUGCUGCUCCCCACCCCUCACGCCUCCGCCUCUCGCCCUCCCACGAAUGAGCUUCGCCCCCAGACCCCUGCCUGCCGCCAUCCGCCCAGGGGGCUCUCUGCAUCCGAGCCCCCCUCUCCGUGCCCCCGGGGGUGGAGACCUCAUCUAAACCAAAAAAACGGCUCCUUCACCUUCACCCCGAGGCCCCAGGGGUUGCUUGGUGCCCAAGAGGUGACCCCGUCCCGGGGGUUGCUGGGGACCUCGGAUCUCCCUGGGGAGCGUAGCUGCUGCUUCUCUGUUUUCGCCUCUUGUACUCCUGCCCCUUCCCGCGCCCGCUUUCUCCAGGAGAGGCCUCGGGGCCCCUCACCCCAGGGGUGUCUUUGGCCCCCACGUCCUCAGAGCCCGGCAGCCCUGCCCCUGCCCAGCACCCCAUCUGGGCCAGAGAGAGCCGACUGUGCCAGCGAGGACUGGGCCCUGCCCGGCUGCCCGCCUCAGGGAUGGAUGGGCACCUCAUGCCCGUCUCCCACCUCCUGUGCCAAUGUUGCCGCACCUCCUUGGGGCGUGGUGCAGCUUCCUCUUCCUGGUUAGAAGACUCCACUGCCCAGUCCCCGCCAGCCCGUCCGGUGUCCGUGCCCCCCUGUCUGUCCUGUCGUCUGUACUCCUACACCAGAAGUCUUUUGCCACAUAUAAAACCGCCGUCCUGUCCUUUGCGGCCA